AUGCACGGUGGAUCCGAUUCGGAUGUCGUGCAACACGUUCUGCGGAACAAGGCCGACUACUAUCGGAUUUUUAACUUACAGCGGACUGCUAACAAUGAACAAAUCAAGUCGGCCUACAAAAAGAUGGCCCUACGGUGUCAUCCAGACAAAAACAAGCACUCGCACGCCGUGGAGGCGUUCAAGAUAGUCGGGGAGGCUCAUUCCACUCUGAUUGAUCCCACAAAGCGCAGGAUCUAUGACCAGGUCGGCCCGGCGGGUGUACAGCAGCACGAGCGAACUGCAGGGCGGCGGCAGUACGCAGCACACCCGGGCAGGGAUGCUUUCGCGCGAAACGGCGUCCCCGCCGGCGCGCGCGACUUCUUUGAGGAAUUCUUCUUUGGCAACGGUGGCUUUCAGCAGUAUCAGCGAAACUACUAUACCAAUGUCCCGCAGGGCGGAUUCCCUGCGGGGGGGAGGGGGGUCAACCUCGAAGCCGACUCUAGCCAAAGUAUUCUCAUGAUAAUUCCUAUUGCCAUUUUCUUGCUUUUGGCCUUACUUUUGCAGAGCAACUUCAUGGACUUUAGCUCUCCUGAUGUCAACUCCUACCGCAACGGACAUCAAGGCAAUACCCCUUCCUUUAGUCUCACACCAUCUCAGGUGGAUGAUCACAUCGUUAGACGUGUAACUUCUCUACACGGUAUUCGGGUUCCCUAUUAUACGACACAGCGAUGGGAUGAAGUGACAAAGCGCCGAAAAGAUAUACUUCGGGAAAUGGAGCGAGAUGUAUUGAGGAGGCAAGAAAGAUAUCUAGGCAAUCUCUGCGAGGCGGAGAAGAUAAAGUAUCGUUCACUUGGACGUAAAGAUAUCCCUGAUGUCUGUACAGAGUAUCAGGAACUCAGGAGAGCGUUGGGCGGUUAG